ACCUUCACCACCAACACCCACACCCACCCCCACCCUCACCCUUGGAAAAGGAAGAAUGGUUGUAUGGAGCUAUGUGAUCCCUGUGUUGCUGGUGCUUGUGAUAUAUGUGCUAAAAUUUGUAAAUUUGAAAACAAACAAGAGUAAGUUGCCCCUAGGAGGAAGAGGGUGGCCGAUAGUCGGGGAUAGCUUACGUUGGUAUAACGCGGUUGCAAGCUCUAAUCCUACCACUUUUGUUCAACAACAAGUUUUAAGGUAUGGAAAGAUAUUUUCAUGCAAUAUAUUUGGGAGAAUGGCAGUAGUAUCUGUUGAUCCUGCUUUCAACAGAUUUGUAAUGCACAACGAAGGAAAGCUAUUCAAAUCGAGUUAUCCAAAAUCCUUUCGUGACUUGGUUGGGACAAAUGGUGUCAUCACCGCCCAAGGAGAUCAACACCGCAAGCUUCAUACGAUUGCAUCAAAUAUGAUGCGUUCUGACACCCUCAAGACUCGUUUCUUGAUGGAUAUCCAACAAGUGUUGAACCAAACAUUCGCGGAUUUGCACCAUAAUCAGACCAUAUUGCUUCAAGAUGUGUGUAGAAAGUUGGCUAUAAACUUAAUGGUAAAUCAACUCUUAGGAGUUUCAAGCGACAAUGAAGUGGGUGAAAUGGCACAACUAUUCUCAGACUUUGUAGAUGGGUGUUUAUCUGUUCCUAUCAAUUUGCCUGGAUUUGCUUACCACACCGCCAUGAAUGCAAGAAACAAUAUAAUUAGAAAGAUCAAUAAAAUAAUAUGCUACACAAGGCAUGGUGAUGGUGAUCCUGGUUAUGACGGCGGUUUAGUCAGGAGACUCGUGGUGGAGGGAAGUCUCCCUGAUGAAGCAAUUGCUGACUUCAUCAUCAACCUCUUGUUCGCAGGGAAUGAGACAACAGCUAAAACUAUGCUUUUCGCCAUAUAUUUCUUGACUCAUUCACCAGUAGCGGCUAAUCAACUCUUGGAGGAGCACCAAAAUAUAAGGAAAAAAAGACACGAUAUAAGUGGUGAAGUUGAUAUGUUAACAUGGGAAGACUACAAAUCAAUGUCAUUUACUCAACAUGUAAUUGAUGAAACUCUUCGUUUAGGUGGAAUUGCUAUUUGGUUGAUGAGAGAAGCAAAAGAAGAUGUCGAAUACCAAGAUUACAUUAUCCCAAAAGGAAGUUUUGUGGUUCCAUUUCUUUCAGCAGUUCACCAAGACGAAAACUUUUAUGACGAAGCGACUACUUUUAAUCCUUGUAGAUGGAUGGAUCCUAAAAACCAAGAUAAGAGAAAUUGGAGAAAUAGUCCAUAUUAUUCACCAUUUGGAGGAGGACCUCGUUUGUGUCCUGGUGCAGAGUUGGCCCGACUUCAAAUCGCGUUAUUUUUACAUUAUUUUAUAGUGUCUUACAGGUGGAGCGAAGUUAAGGAAGAUAGAAUGUCUUUCUUUCCGUCGGCUAGGUUGGUUAAUGGAUUUCCAAUCCAACUAUCUAAAAGAGCAUGAUUUAUCGACUAUAUGUAUGCAUGUAUGUGUAUAUAUUAAUGAAAUAUGUGUGGAUAUAUAAAAAAAACUUUAGACUAGAUGUGAAGUUGUGUUUAUAUUUUAAGUAUUGUAUUUCAAAUAACGAGUUCUUGCCAGGCAAUGUAUAAUAUGAGAAAUUGGUUGGCACCA